AUGCUCAAACUCGCGAUCCUCGCUCUUUUCGGCUCUGCAGCCGCCGAGACUGUCCUCAUCCACCCGGGCGACCAGGGAUUGUGCAUCCGCGCCGACGCGCCCUCAGAGCGCGAGCAGCUGAGCCUCGGGCGCUGCUCGACGAGCGCAGCAGACGUGCGUCGCUGGGACAUUGAUGACGACGGCGCCUCAACCCUCAUCCGCUUGCAUGGCUCGAGCGUCUGUCUGACCGGCGGUGUCCACCGGACAUGGGACGGCGAGCUCGAGUUUGACCCCGAGGACGGCGACCACGUCGUGCUCCGGGCGUGUCCUGAGGGUCCUCACAUUCCCGCUGGCUACGCAUGGGUGCGGCACGACAGCGAGAAGGGUCUCUCGUUCAGACUCGACCUCGGCGAGGACUGGUACCUGGACGCGAGCAACGGGGCCGCCGUGUACAUCUCCGACAAGGAGCCCGAGACCGGGUGGACACUCGAGGCUGCCGACAGCGACGACGGCGAGGAGGAGGAGGACGCAACAGGCAAGCAGCGGAUCAAGUUCUGGGAGGCGGUGGGCGACAUUCUUGAGGGUCUGUAA